UAAGUUCAUGCGAAUCACCCAGGCACUGGGAAACUAACUUUCUCUCCUCAUCACCUUUCUCUGAAGUUCCUGAAGUUUUUCCAGUAUGCCUACCAUUCGCUGCGGGCUGGUGUUUCUGGCAUUGAUCCUAUGCCUGGUCUCCUGGGCCAAUGGCAGUGAUCUCCGUGUCAGGUCCACUGGGAAUACAGUGCGCUUCAAUGUCACUUUGACGUGGGAGGAUUGGGCUCCUGCAGGCGUCCCUCGGAAGAUGAUCCUCAUGAACGGCCAAUUCCCUGGCCCGGCACUGGAAUUGCGGCAAGGAGACGAUGUCGAGUUCCUGGUGAUCAACGAUACUCCUGCCAAUGCUACCGUUCAUUUCCAUGGAAUCGAACAGCUCGAUACUCCGUGGUCCGACGGAACGCCUGGUUUGUCGCAGAGACCCAUUGUUCCCGGUGGACGAUUCCUGUAUAAAUGGCGCGCGUUGCAGUAUGGAAGUUAUUUCUACCACGCCCACUCCAGAGGUCAGCUCGAAGAUGGGCUCUAUGGACCGAUAUAUAUACGUCCGGAUGAUUCCGUGGAGAAGCCAUUUAACCUAAUCACCAACAGCACGAGUGAGCUCCAAGCCAUGCGGGCAGCUGAGGAGAAGACCAGCCCUGUGAUACUCGCUGAUUGGCGUCAGUUGACGUCGGAAGAGCUCUGGCAUGCCGAGGAAGCCACAGGACUGGACGCGUACUGUUCCAAUGCGCUCUUGAUUAAUGGCAAGGGGUCCAUUAUCUGUCCCGGUGCACAAGCGUACAAUGAUCUUGCUACCGCUGAACAGAAACAAACCUUGGGCAACAUGAGCAUGACCGACAUUGGAUGUCUCCCUCCAACGUUAGUCUCCGGACAAGGGGAUUUCCCUCACAACUACAAUGCUAUGCCGCCCUCCAUGUUUUAUGGUUGUACGCCUGGAAACGGUGGAAGUGAGCGCUUCCUGGUUGACCCAUCUGCCAAAUACGUCAGCUACGAUCUAAUAAGCGCGGCCGGUGUCGCGCUGCUUACCUUCGCAAUCGAUCAACACCCCAUGUAUGUGUAUGCCAUUGACGGACGCUACAUCGAGCCGAAACUGGUCGACGCCAUCACCAUUCCCAAUUCAAACCGAUUCUCCGUCCUCGUCAAGCUGGACAAGCCAGCCGGUGACUACACUAUUCGCCUGGCAGACUCUGGGCUCACCCAGAUCCUGAACAUGACUGCGACUUUGACAUACGACACCCCGAUCAAAACACAGCAGGGUCCUUCGAUAGCAACGAUUGAUAUCCACGGUGCUCUUGUGUCUUCCAACUACACUCUCCUGGACGAAACCACUGUAAUUCCAUUCCCUGUGGAGGUACCAUCCCUGGAGGUUGCACAGACACAUGUCCUCAGAAUCGGCCAUUAUAAUGCCUCCUACCGCUGGACCAUGGGGAACUCCAGUAUGCCCCUUUCCCUGGAGGAAGCAUCGCCCCUGCUCUUCUACCCCUCCACUGCCCAGCCCGAUCUCACCAUCGCGACGCUCAACGGAUCGUGGGUAGACUUGAUCUUCCACGUGCAGGGCCAGAUCCAACCCCCUCACCCGAUCCACAAACACAGCAACAAAUUCUUUGUGAUCGGUCAAGGCAACGGAACGUGGAAUUACUCCUCCGUGGCGGAAGCGAUGCGGUAUAUCCCCGGUAGCUUCAACUUCAUCAACCCCCAGAUCCGAGACACCUUUACCACUCCGGUAUCAGUGACUGAGGACACCUGGCUUGCUCUCCGAUACCAGGUUGUGAACCCUGGCGCAUUUCUGCUCCAUUGCCACAUUCAGGUGCAUCUUAGCGGCGGCAUGGCGCUGGCGAUUCUGGACGGUGUGGACGAGUGGCCCGUGAUCCCUGAGAAGUAUCGGAUCGAGGCGGGCGCUAACUGACAGGGACUUGGUGAUAAAUGACGUGACCUGUUGUCUAUCUGUAUAAUGUUUGUUCGGCUUAGCAACUCAUUUCCGACCAUGCCCUGGGGUUAGCUGGUUUGCCACGCACUACCGAGACUGGUGCGCAAGCAACAACCGAAUGACAGGCUGGUGUGCCAGGGCUGAGGAAUAUAUAGCUC